AUGUUUUUCCCAUCUGCUGUCUUCGCCCUCUUGCCCUUGACAGUGCUCGCGACUCCCCUUUCCUCCCGUUCUGUCGUUUAUGCGGACUUUGCCACGAAGCAUUCCUGGGGAGACUCUACUCCUUCCUCCACCUGGGUCCACCACUCUACUCCUGACCCUUCGACGCUCUUGAAACUUCGUUUUGGUUUACGCCCAUCUAACUUGGACACACUCCUCGAACAUUUGUCGGAGACGUCUGAUCCUUUCCAUGAACGAUACGGAAAGCAUCUGUCCAAGGCUCAGGUUGACGAACUUAUGAAGCCCACGGACGAGACCUUGCAAGAGGUCAAGGAAUGGCUCAACUGGCAUGGCAUCGAGGACGAUGCGCUUAUCUCUACCUCGGACCGUGUGAUCACGGUCGCCAUUCCGGUCUCUUUAGCUGAGACGCUGUUGAACACUAAAUAUCAUGUGUAUUCUCACACAGAUUCUGACGAGAAGAUCAUCCGUACAUUGGAGUAUUCCCUUCCUCGUCACCUUCACGACCACAUUGAUCUCGUCUCGCCGACUACAUAUUUUGGUACCACCAGAAGCAUGAAGGUAACCAGCCACUUGGAGCCAGACCGUCCAGUAUUGAGUCUCGGUAGCGAUGUCACACCAUCGAGCAGCUGCAAAACAACUAUCACACCCACUUGUCUGAAGGAUUUGUAUAACACAAUCAACUACACACCAACUGAGACUGCGGUCAAUAAGAUCGGUAUCACUGGAUAUCUUGAACAGUUUGCUUCCAAUUCUGACCUCGCCACGUUCGUCAAGAGUUUCCUUCCCCAGGCAACUAAUGCGACCUUCACUCUCACGGAGAUCAACGGUGGACUAAACACUCAGAACGAUCCGGGUGUGGAAGCUAAUCUCGACGUGCAGUAUGCUACUGGAAUGUCUUGGCCCACUCCUAUGAUAUUCUACAGUACCGGGGGAGAGCCUCCGUUCAUCGCCGACUCCAACGAGCCCACGAAUACCAAUGAACCAUAUCUCAAUUGGCUUGAUUUCAUCGCAACCGUUGCCGAUAAUGAUCUUCCGAACACUUUCAGCACAAGUUAUGGAGACGAUGAACAGACAGUCCCUGCUGAUUUUGCAACCGAAGUCUGCAAUGCGUUCGCCACCCUUGGAGCUAGAGGCGCCAGUGUCAUGUUCAGCUCUGGAGAUGCUGGUGUUGGCGGAGGUUCAUGCGAAACAAAUGACGGCACAAAGAAAGUCAUCUUCCAGCCCGCUUUCCCUGCUAGCUGCCCCUUUGUCACCGCUGUCGGUGCAACUACUGGCAUCGCUCCUGAAGUCGCAGUAAACGAAUUCCCCUCUGGCGGUGGAUUCUCCAGGCUCUUCGCCCAACCCAGCUAUCAAACCUCCGCAGUUUCCGCCUACCUAGCGAAGAUCGGAUCAACAAACGCGGGACUCUUCAAUGCGUCUGGCAGAGCCUACCCUGACGUGGCUGCUCAAGGCGAAGGAUUCCAAGUCGUCGUUGGCGGCAGAGUUGAGUCUGUUGGUGGAACGUCGUGUUCUUCACCUACUUUUGCUGGUGUGAUUGCUCUCUUGAAUGACUUCAAGUUGGCUAAGGAUGGGACGACUCUUGGAUUCUUGAACCCCUUGCUGUAUGCUAAUCCUAGUGCGCUCAAUGACAUAACGAGUGGAAGCAACCCUGGCUGUGGUACGAACGGAUUCACGACGAGUACUGGAUGGGAUCCAGUAACGGGGCUAGGUACUCCCAACUUCGUUGAGCUUCAGGCCAUUGUUUGA